UAUUUUUCGAGGUCUCUGUUCUUUAACAGAAAAUGGGAUCCACAGAAAUGAAAAAAAUGGGAAAAGAAGACAGAAAAGGGAAGAAACGAAAAGCUUGUACUGAAGAUUGUCUUUUUGAGGUCUUUGAAAUUAUUCUGAACUACAAUGGACAGUUUGAAGACUUUGGUUAUUUUAAUGAGGAUUUGGCUGUUAGAAAAUUUCAUAUUGAGGAUAUAGGAUUAAAUAGUCUAGAUAAGUGGUUACUUGAAUUGAAGGUUGAGGGAUUGUUAAUGUAUUAUUGGAGGCGGGCUGGCAUGUAUACUGAAGAAUUAAUUCCCAUGGAAAAUGAUGACCAUGUCAUGGACAUGGCACUGGCUGGGACACAAGAUGGUAGUGUUGAUGUGUAUGUUAGGAAGUUAAGCUGUGUUGACGUGUGCAACCUAAGGCCUGUAUUUGGACACACAUUAUUUGAGUUGAAAGAACUUGAAGAUGGGGAUGAUGCAUUGGAGCAACAGGGUGUUGGUGAGGCUGAACCGGUGGGGGUGCUGCAGAUUGAAGGUCCUGUGGAAGCAGUGGAGGUGCCGCAGAUUGAAGGUCCCGGUGAACCAGUGGAGGUCCUGCAUAUUGAAGGUCAAGAAGAAGGUGAACCACUGGAUUUGCUGCAAAUUGAAGCAGUUGAAGAACCCUCGGAGGAGCAGCAGCAGAUUGGUGGGUCAGACUGAAGGCCGAGACACUAGAUUGACCUAUUUUUGGGCCAUAUGAAACAACAUUUGUAACCUUUUAGGUUAAUAUGUAUGUUGCAUUUUAUAUUAUUAGUGACAAUUUGGAUUUUAGAUCAAAAUGAAUGUUGAUUACAAACUUGGAAUGUAUUGUUUGCUUAUGUUA